CCAUGCACACAGCUGCRAGAUGUCUAAAACUGUUUUGACUUCGURAAUAAUGUUAAAAUCACUAUGGAUCAGUCGUUAGAAGAUAUCAAAACUACGUCCUAUAAAAAUACUCCUCUAAGUAAGGAUGAAAUUGAUGUUGAAGAUACUGGUUCARUAUGGCUUGCAUCAGACUUAUCAAGUACAGAAUAUGCAGCUUCACUAUAUAGUCUGCCUGAAAGUAGUAAGGUAGAGGAACACUUUAUUCCUGGUCAUGAGAUUACUGCAGAGGUUAUAGAUGUUGAAAGGAUGCCCAGAACACACCCAUUUAACCCAAAUUUGUAUACCAUAAAACUGACACACUGUGGAUAUGAAUGGACAAUACGAAGACGCUUCAAACACUUCCUAAAACUAGAUGCUGAACUUUUUCUUCUAACAAUUGACCCCAGAAGACAACAUACUUCAGCAUCAAGAGGCCAUCAUGAGCACCUUCCCCGCCGACAUCUCCCUCAUAGACCUGACCCUCUAGCAAGAACAACAAAUAUGGACAGGAGAAAAAGAGCCAUUGAAAAAUAYUUAAGGAUCAUUUUAAAGAACAAGKCUUACCGUAAUCAUAAAGAAACUCUUCAUUUCUUGGAAGUCAGUCACCUUUCUUUCAAGAAUGAUUUGGGAGAUAAACGAAGGGAAGGGGUAGUCAAGAAGGGCUCCGGUGGACAUCGCUUUCCUCCUGGUUGUUGUAGUUGUAGYGCAGCGUUGUCCUGUGGUAACUGGACAAAAAGAUGGCUUAUUGUCAAAGAUAGCUUUGUKGCGUACAUAAAUCCUAAGACAAAAGACGUUAGCGGUGUGGUUCUUUUAGACAGAGAUUUCACAUUCAAAUAUGGAAGUAAAGACACCAAAGUUCGACAUGGGCUUGUCAUUCGAAAUGAAGCCAGAGAACUGCUUCUUUCAUGUUGGACAGACAGAAAAGCUAAUGAAUGGAUGAGAUCUAUUGUCAAUGUCAUGGCCACGUCCGGUGCUGAAUGGAUACGAGAACAGCCUUAUGGUUCAUUCGCACCAGUCCGACAGUCGUCUUACGUUAGAUGGUUUGUUGAUGGAGCAUCAUAUUUUGAGGCAGUUGCRAAUGCUAUAGACGAAGCAAAAGAAGAGAUAUUUAUUGCUGGAUGGUGGGUAUCWCCUGAACUGCAUCUUAAACGACCAAUAACUCAUGGGAACCGUUGGAGACUUGAUCAGUURCUGAAAAGAAAAGCAGAGAGCGGUGUCAAGGUGUAUAUCUUGGUGUACAAAGAGGUCGAGAUGGCAUUAACUAUUAACAGUGCAUACACAAAGGCUGCAUUGAUGCAAUUACAUCCUAAUAUUAAGGUUAUGAGGCACCCUGAYCAUCUACCAGGCUCAGGUAUAAUCUACUGGGCACACCACGAAAAGAUUGUAUCUGUUGAUCAGAAAGUCACCUUUCUUGGAGGGUGCCGUCAUUCAGGUUCCCCAUUGAUGAUUUGCCUGGAUUCAAAUGAGCACGAAAUAGGCAGGAUGGGUCAAAUCGGUGGCAUUUUAAUGACAGACGCGAUCGACGCUGGCAAGAUUCAAACGAUGUCCAGAUCGCAUAUUGGUGACCAAGUCGAUGGUGGUACAAGACUUUGGAUUGGGAAGGACUAUUCCAACCCUAUCAAGAGAGAUUUCUUUGCUGUUGAAAGAUAUUUGGAUGAUUCAGUUGUCAGGGAGACUACUCCAAGAAUGCCAUGGCAUGAUAUAGGUGUUGUAGUUCACGGUGCCCCAGCUCGAGAUGCCGCUAGACAUUUUAUUUUACGAUGGAACUCUACAAAGCUUGAGAAAGUAAAACAAAUUAGGCAUUACCCAUACCUUCUUCCCAAGUCAUACAGCAACCCACACUUGAAUGAUUCACCUCAAGACCCAAAAACAUUACCUGUAGAUUGUCAAAUUCUUCGUUCAAUAGGUAAUUGGUCUGGAGGUAUUCCAACAGAAACAUCUAUAAUGCAAGCGUAUUUGGAUACCAUUCAUAACGCAAAACACUUCAUCUAUAUCGAGAAUCAGUUCUUUAUUACAAGUAUCAUGUCUGAGAACAUUAGAAAUGAGAUAGGUGAAGCACUGGUUAUGAGGAUUCAGAAAGCCUACAGGGAGCAAUCAUGUUUUAGAGUAUUCGUUGUAAUGCCACUUCUUCCAGCAUUUGAAGGUGAGAUUGGCACGCCCACUGGAACCUCAAUAGGAGCCAUUGUACAUUGGAACUACAGAUCAAUAUGCCGUGGGAGAGACUCGUUGCUGGCUAGACUGGCAAAUAAAGUUGAUGAUCCAUCUAAGUACAUCUCGUUCUACUCUUUACGAACUCAUUCAGAAAUCUAUGGAAAACCGAUAACAGAGCUUGUAUACGUACACAGCAAGAUGUUGAUCGCAGAUGAUGAUACUGUAAUCAUUGGAUCAGCAAAUAUUAAUGAUCGUAGUCUUCUUGGUCGACGAGAUUCGGAGCUGGCUGUAAUCGUGAAAGACACAGAAAAGGUUCAGUCAACGAUGAAUGGGUGUCCCUACAGUGCUGGUAAAUUCGCUCAUUCUCUGCGAACCACAUUGUUCAGGGAACAUCUAGGACUACAAGACUCAGACAGUCGAAUCGAUGAUCCUGUUUGUAAAGAAGUUUAUGAGGAUCUUUGGAUGGCGACUGCUAAACGAAAUACUGAGAUUUACGAAAAGGUAUUUCAUUGUUUACCGACAGACGAGGUCAAGUCUUUUGCAGAGUUGAUGUCUUACAAGAAUCUUGAAAAUGAAACCCCAUUGCCAGAAAUGCGGAAUCUACUACAAGAUGUACAAGGACACUUGGUUCAGCAUCCUCUUCGUUUCAUGGAAAAUGAAAAUCUUCGGCCUUCUGUUGGAACUUCCGAGUUUCUUGUAUCAUCUGAAGUUUUUACUUGACAUACUUCAACCUAAGAA